UUGUCAUAAUCAUCGAAAAAAAGAUAAAUAAUUUUCCGGCAUUCAAAUUCAUAAUAUUGAUUGUAGUAUAUAUUUAAUUUGCAAAUUAUUUGAAACCAAUUGACCUCAUAAAAUAAGUGGAAUAAAGUGCGUCUUUUAAUGGAUCAUUUUUUUUCGCCUAUGUGCUGGCAUUUCAAUGGAGGAGAAUUAAGUUAUAUUGCAUUGGGCCUACAAAAUGUUCUCUUCAAAAUCCGUUGCUGUUAUCUUCACCGUAGUUGCCAUUUGCUUUGCUGUAAUUGAAGUUAGCCAGGCUAUGCCCUCCAUUGGCCAUUACGGCAAGAGGUUUGAUUCCAUGGGUGGCAUUGAUUACAUCCAAAUCUGCCUGAAUAACUGUGCCCAAUGCAAAAAGAUGUUUGGCGACUAUUUCCAAGGUCAAACCUGUGCCGAGUCAUGCCUUAAAUUUAAGGGCAAAGCCAUACCAGACUGUGAAGAUUUCCCAUCCAUUGCUCCAUUCUUAAAUGCCUUGGAAUAGAUUGGAAGAGACAAACCCCGUAUAACUAUGAGGUUGAUAUGUUGAUUUGACCGAUACCGUAGUAAAAAAAAAAAAACAAAUGACGAUGACGUUAUCGAUCAAAUUUAUGAGGAUAUAAUUGAGAUACAAAUGACAUUUAAGCCAACGACAAAACAACAAUGCAUUUAUUUACCCACAUUGUUGUAGGUCAAUGGCAAAAUUUAUUUUUAAGUAUUUAUUUUUUAUGGUUAUUUUUUGCAUAACCCACCUACUAUAAACCUUCGUUGAAGCUGUGAUUUUUUUCUUAAUUUUUGUGUGCGGUAAUUUAAUAUUUAUUUUGAUGUGUGGUGUCUUUAAAGCCUUAAUGCAUUUAUUUAUUUUUAUUUUGUUAAGCAAACCCGCAGGCUUUUUUAGUAAGUAAACAAACAAAUUUGAACAUGAUUUUUUUAUAGAAAUACUUGAUGUGCCAAAUAUAGCUUAAUAUGUGAAUGUAGUUUAAAUAAGAUUUCUUAGUAACA